UGCCAUACUUCCUGGAGGGUGAAAUAAUGGGAUGUAAGCAUUCUCACACAGUACACGUACGUAGAUAUUCACUGAUACCGUUUCUACCGAUUCAUUCGUAUUGUUCGUCUAUUAAGAGGAGCGAUAUGUCUUCGUUUCUGCCAGUCUUUAUCUGGCGUAUGCUUGGUCUGAUGGUGUUGCUGGUGUCGAUAUGCCACACUCAAGAUAUCGGCGAUCCUGGACAUCGCGUGAUGACCUUAACAUCCGAGCAGCGUGGCUCGGUGGGUCACACUGCAGGCAGUGGUAGGUCACUUCCCUGCGUGCCUGACUAUGAUUACUGCCUGUGUUAUGAUGUGCAUUAUCGGAACCCAAACACUACCGUCUACAUGAAGGUACAGUGCAACGUUGUUGGAGUCGAUUUCGAUUAUUUAAUGGAGGCUAUCCCACCAGCAAAACUGAUCCACCUCACGUGUCCUUUUGACAGAAGUGGUCACAAUUUGACCGCUGAAACACUUGCUAAGCACGCCAAUAGUCUCCAACGUCUUCAGCUGACCUUCUGCUCCUUGGAGGAAAUCGACGUUGAUACAUUUUCAACAACAACUUCUUUGCGGAUGGUUGACAUCUUCUACGCUUCUCUGAGACCAAAAAAUUUGCCAGCUUUUGGGGAAAUUACGAAUUAUAUCGGGAACAGAACAGUCACCAUCCACUUACAAACUAAUAAACUUACUACCUUGCCCGGAUUUGCAUUUGGAAGGGAGUGCAACAAGAACAUUAGCAGUCUCUCUCUGAAUUCCAACAAUAUGGAAACGGUAGCUCCAAGAGCGUUUUGGGGGUUAAGUAAAAUGAAAGGAUUGUAUCUGAACAACAAUGACAUUUCUGUCGUGCAUAACGAAACGUUUGAGGGAUGCCACAGCCUGGAAAAACUCGAUCUUCACCAUAACAAUAUCACUGUGGUCGAAGAGGGCGCCUUUGCUCCUCUGUCCUCUCUUCGAGUGUUGGACUUGCAAAGUAAUCGCCUUCGAUCCCUCGACGCAGGUGCAUUCCGUGGGAUGGGUCUCCUACAGUUCUUGAAUCUCAGUUACAACAGUCUUGGCAGUUUGCCAGAUGGAAUCUUUGAUGAUCUUACGUCACUGAAGGAGCUUCACCUGGAGUGUAACUCCCUCCUUGCGUUUGAUUCUAGAGCCGUCGGGUCACCUCUGGGCCACUUGGCCUUCUUUAAUAUCUCUCAUAAUUCACUUCGUGACGUCAAACCACACCUGCUGCAGACGAAGAUGAGGAAACUCGUCCGCGUGGACUUCUCCUUCAAUAAUCUGCGCAUGCUCCGCGCGGGCGCAGUCUAUAACUUACCGUUGCUACAAGAAAUUAAUUUUCGCAACAAUUCCCUGUCACAGUUGGAAUGGCUUGCAUUCGCGUUUACUCCCAAACUUAUCUUGGUUGACUUUCGGUUUAAUGAUUUCAGCUUAGUGCCGGAAAAAUUUAUUGACUACUUUAUUGUGGAGGUGCAACGAGAGACAAUACGUACGUUUGCAAGCGGAAAUCCUUUCUCGUGUGGCUGUCUUUUAUCUCUCUGGCUUAAACAGAACGCUAAAAACUUGGGACCCGUGGAGCUGGUCGACAUCGAAGAAUUCGUGUGUGAAGCGCCCUCAUUUGUCAAAGGGAAACAUUUCAUGCAAGUAGAGAAGGAAUCAUUUUGGUGUCCGCUUGAAUCCUGUGUCAUCGAAGGGUGUCAUUGUUUCAACCGAACAAUUGACAACGCGCCUAUUAUAAUAUGCUCCGAAGAGGUCGCCAUGGCUGACUUUGGAGAACUGCCCGUUACUAUGGUUACAUUUGAGUGUCUAGGUUGCUUAGUUAAUACGGGUAUCUCGUCCAUCCCCUCUGACAGUUUCGCAGGCCUCUCUCACCUAGAGAGCCUCAAGUUGAUUGGAAACAAUCUUACUUUUAUAAUUCAGGGAACCUUUUCUGACUUAUCAAGCCUUCAGUUGCUGUCUUUGGGAAAUAAUCAGCUGUACGAAAUCGACAGCGAUGAGAUGAAAUCAUUGGUGGUGUUGAAAACAGUUGAUUUUCACGGCAACAGGUUGCAUCACAUGGGACCAGAUGUCUUUGCGUCCAGCCGAGGCUUACAAAGCAUUGAUUUGAGCGACAAUAAUCUAGCCGGCCUGCCCGAGGGUCUGUUUAACACAACGGAUAAUUUGCAAUUACUGCGUCUCUAUGGUAACCCACUUGUUUGCAAUUGUUCUUUGCUCUGGCUUAAGCACUGGAUUCAGCUGAACUUUCGUAUCGUUGAGCAACUAGAACACGUGCUUUGUGUUACCAACGAAACGGACCUUUGGACACCAGUUGUGCAAGUGCCUGAUGAAGACUUUGGUUGCACGAACAGCAGUGACGUCAUCACCAAAGUUGUUCUUAAGAGCAACGUUAUUGCGCUCUCCGUAACCUCUUCCGUUGUGUUUGUUUUCUUUGUGGUUACUCUUGUUGCGGUAAGAUAUCGAUUUACCAUAAGGGUUCUCCUGUACACUCGUUUGGGAUUUCACUGGUUUCACAGCCUAGAGGAUGAGAACGAGGAUGAGUUUGUAUACGAUUCCUACCUUGCUUACAGCGACGAAAACAUUAAAGAAGCGAUCAACGUUAUAGGUCCACGGUUGGAAGAGAGAGCGCCCCCGUACACCCUGUGUCUACGCCACCGCGAUUUCCCGGUUGGGGAUUCCGUGGCAACUACCAUCGUGGAGUCAAUAAAUACGAGCAAACGAACAAUACUACUCCUCAGCCCAAGCUUUCUGGAGAACGAGUGGCGUUCGUUGGAAUUUCAAGCAGCACAUGCGCAGACGCUUCGGGAUAAGAGGAAUCGUAUCAUCAUUGUCAUCGUGGAGGAGUUUUCGAAAGAUAUGACGGGAGAAGAUUUGCGGCUUUACAUGUCAGCAAGCCGCUGUCUAAAAAUGACAGAUCCUCUGUUUUGGGAUAAACUGUAUUUCGCUUUACCCAAGAAGGUUAAGGUUCAGUCAAGGAAUAGCGAACAACUGUUGGCCGACCAGGAAUUCGAGUUAAACGCUUAAGAAAAUUUUUCAUCAUUGAUAGGGACAAUUUUGAAAACCAUUUUGUUAAACUUUAGUUUAAUAUUUGCCUGCAUUUAUGUUCUGAAAAAUGUUUCGUGAGUGAAUUCAAUCAUUUAUCUAUCAAUAAAUCAAAAUUUCAUAUCACAACGGUGGAAUGUUUCACACAUGUAAUCUGUUGAAGAUGAUAAGUCAAAUCUGUGGCCUUGUCACUGAAAACAGCCAAUUGGACUAGCAGAUUCUGCUGAUGACUGCACCGAUCAAACAAAGGUUCCAAACCUUGUGUCUUGGAAAGUAAUUCUGUAGUUAGUUACAGUUUCGGGGAGAGUGGUUAGACUUUUUUCACAACAGUUCACCUGCGGUGGACAGAUGUUUGUUAAUACAAUUCA